CUGAGGAAGAAUCUCGAUAAAAUUUACCAACCCAAUGCAAUAACAUUAACUCCGUCUACCCAAAACUCAAGACCCACAAAAAUGCUAUCAACAUGCAUUCAUCACCUCAAAACCCAGCCUCCAUGGCUUCUCUUUCUCUCAUUUACUGGUUUUCUCACCCUCCUGAAACCCUCCAUCUCUCUUCUCAAAUGGGUCUUCAUCACUUUCCUAAGACCCCCAAGAAAUCUCAAGAAAUCAUAUGGUUCUUGGGCGGUCAUCACCGGAGCAACAGACGGCAUCGGAAAAGCCUUUGCCUACCAACUAGCCGGCAAAGGUCUAAACCUAAUACUUGUCAGCAGAGACCCCAACAAGCUCAAAACUGUCUGGAAGGAAAUUCAAGCCGAUUUUCCAAACACCCAAGUGAAGAUUGUUGGGUUUGAUUUCUCCGGCGACAUCUUGGCCGGCGUCCGGCUGUUAGAGGAGGCCAUCAAAGGGGUGGACGUCGGUAUUCUGAUAAACAACGUGGGGAUUACAUAUCCUAAGGCCAUGUAUUUUCAUGAGGUGGAUGAGAAGGUGUGGAUGAACGUUGUUAAGGUGAACUUGGAGGGGACUACUAGGGUUACGAAAGCAGUUCUACCAGGUAUGAUGCAAAGGAAGAGAGGGACGAUUGUGAAUAUUGGCUCUGGAGCCGCCAUUGUCGUACCUUCCCAUCCUCUUUACACAAUCUAUGCUGCUACUAAAGCUUACAUAGAUCAGUUCUCAAGAUCUCUACAUGUGGAAUACAUGCAGUACGGAAUCCACGUCCAGUGUCAGGUACCAUUAUAUGUGGCCACAAAAAUGGUGUCGAAAGUAGCAGCGAUUGAGAGAGCGUCCAUGUUUACACCAUCGGCAGAGGAUUAUGCAAGAGCUGCGGUUCGCCGAAUUGGGUAUGAAGUGCGAUGCACGCCCUACUGGGCUCACUCACUUCAGUGGUGCUUUGCACGUUUCCUCCCUGACACUGUUCUCGAUGCUUGGCGUCUGUCCAUUGGUAUUCAGAGGCGAGGAAAAAUCACUGCAUGAAAUCAUGUUUUCAUGGGUAGAUAAGAAAGAUAUAUUAAAUAAUAAUAAUUUCAUAAAUUUUGUUUAUCCAUCGAGUGACUGAAACUAAAGAUUUGAAUCUCAU